AUGGCAGCCUCAACCUCCCCUCCGGCCGCACGGCCACCUCUCCACACAAUCCUGCCCCCGCUAAUCCUCGGCACGGCGACCUUCAACACGCAGUACGUGCCCGACCCGCGGGCGAUGCCCUACCGGGACAUCGUCGCGCGCGCCAUCUCGCUGGGCAUCACCGCCUUCGACACGAGCCCGUACUACGGGCCCUCCGAGGAGCUUGUGGGCGACGCGCUCGCCAGCCUCGACCAAGACAAACACCCCCGCUCCAGCUACAGGAUCAUCACCAAGGCCGGGCGCAUCGGCAGUUACGAGUUCGACUACUCCCCGGCCUGGAUCCGGUACUCUGUGCUGCGCAGCCUGCGGCGCCUGCGCACGCCCUAUCUGGACCUGGUCUACACGCACGACGUCGAGUUUGUUUCUCCGCAAGAAGUGCUCGCGGCCGUCCGGGAACUGCGCCGUCUGCGCGACGAGGACGGGGUGAUUCGCUAUGUGGGAAUCAGCGGGUUCCCCGUCGACACGCUCUGCGAGCUGGCCGAGAUGGUUUUGCGCGAAACGGGUGAGCCGCUUGAUGCCGUGAUGAGCUACGGGAAUUUUACCCUGCAGAAUCGCCGGUUGGGACUGCCACUUGUUCUUCCAGAUUAUCACGAGCAGGAAGGGGAGGAGGGGAAGAAAGCGUCACCCCUGGCGCGGCUGAAAGAAGCCGGCGUCUCCGUCGUCCCCAACGCGAGCAUGCUCGGCAUGGGCCUGCUCACGAGCCGAGGGAUCCCCGCCGACUCCGAGCCCUCGGAGGCUCCAACACAGGAACAGCCCGCCAUGCUAGCCAAGUGGCACCCGUCGCCGCCUGCGCUGCGCGUGGUGUGCAAGAGGCUGGCCGAGCUGGCCUCGGCGGCGGGCGAGCGGCUCGAGUCGGUCGCGCUGCGCUGGUCUCUGAGCGAGUGGGCGUGGAUCGGGGCCGUGGCGGGUGUUGGCGUGGACUACGAACACGCCUCUCGUAGCAACAACAAACUUGGCGUGAGCGUUUGCGGCGUGUCGUCCAUCGCCGAGCUGGAAGAGACGGUCGCCGAGUGGCGCGGGGCGCUGUCCGCUAUAGGGUUGGUAAAGGACACGGGCGAUGAGAAAGAAGCGCGGGCACGUCAGGAAAAGGUGAUGCGGUUGGUUCGCGAGCAGCUCUGGCCGGCGUUGGGUUCAUGGCUAGACCAUGCUUGGGACAGUCCCAAGAAGGGCUACGUGAAUACCAGGCCUGAAGCCGAGCGCGGGGUUGUGCCAGAUGAUGGCAUUAUCGCCGAAUAUGAGGAGGUGAAGCGGAGUCGUCAAGCUGCGCAUACGGGGGCAGGACCAAGCUAG